GCGCUGCGUGCUCGGGGCCGCGCCAGCCCGGGUGGCCGCGUGCAGGGCGCAGGCUGAGCCCUGCCGGGAAGAUGGAGCUGGCCACGCGCCCCCAGAUCCCCAAAGAAGUAGCUGACAUCUUUAAUGCUCCCAGUGACGAUGAAGAGUUUGUGGGUUUCCAGGAAGAUGUUCCCAUGGAAAACCUAUCCGAGAGCUGUGGUAGUCUGGACUCGCUGGAGUUGGAGAAACAGCAGAACAUGCGUUUUCGUUCCGAGUACUUCACGGAAGAGCUAAGAAGGAUUUUCGUAGAGGAUACGGAUUCAGAGACGGAAGAUUUUGAAGGCUUUGCUGAGAGUGAGCUGAACGCGCGCAGUAGCCCCAAGGUAACACUGGUGGAGUCAGAACCGAGUGACAGUGACCAAGCAUGUCCUGUGGUGAGUGACGAGGAGGAAGAGGAGGCUGUACCUGAGAGAGGCAGGUCCACAAGAAGUAGUUUUGGUCUUCGAGUCGCCUUCCAGUUCCCCACCAAGAAACUGGCAAAGACACCAGAUAAGAAGAGCUCACGCAUGUCGGACAGUAAGGCUGAUCCUGGAAGAGAGAGAAGCUGCAGAUGGGCCAAGGAACAGGAAGACUCUCCCUCUGAGUCUGAGGACGACUCCAAGGCCGGGCACCUUGGAGAGAACUCAGAUGCUCUCCUGAAAAGGGCCAUGAACAUCAAAGAGAACAAGGCCAUGCUCGCACAGCUGUUGGCGGAACUGAACUCGGUGCCGGAUCUCUUCCCGGUGCAGACCCCGUCCUCAGCGUCUUCUAAGAGGAGAGCAGCACGAAGGGCCUUCUCAGCCGGGCAGAUCACACGGCGCACGAACCCAACCCGCAGCGCACGGCCCCCCGAGAAGUUUGCUCUGGAAAACUUCGCCUUCUCAGCCACCAAGCUCACCGAACAGCUUGGCAGCUUCCGACGGAGGAAGACGGUUAGCGGGGGGAAAUGCCAGAGGUACAGACGACGUCACCGAGUGUCUUCUCUCCGCUCACUGAAAAACGUCACCGAAGAAGACUUGGAUAACGUUGCUGUAACUGUGCGUGAUAAAGUCUACGAUAAAGUGCUGGGUAACACGUGCCAUCAGUGCCGGCAGAAGACCAUCGAUACCAAGACGGUGUGUCGGAACCAGAGCUGUGGUGGUGUGCGGGGGCAGUUCUGUGGGCCGUGCCUGCGCAACCGCUACGGGGAGGAUGUGCGGACGGCACUGCUGGAUCCGGAUUGGACGUGUCCUCCCUGCCGUGGGAUCUGCAAUUGCAGUUACUGUCGGAAGCGAGAUGGCCGCUGUGCCACUGGGAUUCUCAUUCAUCUGGCCAAGUUUUACGGUUAUGAUAAUGUCAAGGAAUACCUGGAGAGCUUACAGAAGCAGCUGUAG